AUGAACCAGUCAUCGUUGCCAACACCGCCCUAUGACGCGACAGAUGCUGGAUCGCACAACUUCAGAAUGCCUAAGGAUCCUUCUCAGAGAUCGACCCCAAACACAAUCAGAAACAGCCCAGUUGACACGGUACCAGAACCUAACAUUGUCGACGGAUCAUCAACAGCUGCUGGAAAGCCUAGGAGACCACCUCAUCUGUUGCCUCCAGUACACGACUGGAAAGUAACCUUUGAAGAUAAUUCUCGCGAGAUUGCUUCGGAAUACGAAGGUGGCCUGCAGAGGUAUUAUCCGGUGGAGACACCCCGAAAACGCCGACGCUUAACACCGCCUACAGAAACAAUGUAUGACUAUAGUCAAUUGGAUGCUCCGAUUAUACAGCAGCAACCACUACCACAACAAGGCUAUCAACCUUUUGCUGAACCAGCUGCGAUGUAUACCCCCACUACUGGUCAGAGUUUCGAUGAUCCCAACCAAGUAAUGCCUCAGUCAUAUCCAGACCAUCGACAAAAUUAUGACCAGCAGAUGAUGAUACAUCAGGAACCAGAUCCUCCGGCACCACCAUUGACGCUCAAAGAAGAAGUUCUAUAUAUGCAGGUCUUCGUUGAGGAGGUCGCGCUUUGGAUGGACAGCAUGGACAAAGACAAGCAUUUCUCGCGAAUUUUACCAUUUCAAGCAUUAAGAGAGCCGAUGCUGAAAUACGCACUACUAGCAUGUGGUGUACGACAUUUGACACUUAUCAACUCUGCUUAUCCAGAAGAACAUGCCCUGACCUAUUAUGCCGAAUCAAACAAGCUGUUGCUCAAAUCAUUACAGAACCCGAAUUGA